GCUUAAGCUCAGAAGUUGAUCAGCGGAUGAGAAAGAGAGGUUGAGGCACUGAGCUGCGGUCCUCAGGCCGGACGGUGUUGUGUGAUUCCCGCUGUGUGAGUGAGUGAAUGUGCUGUGUUGCUCUGUGUGUGAGUGAGUGAAUGUGCUGUGUGUGUGUAUGACUCCGCGCUGCAGAAGGAAACUGGUUGUUCAGACUGUAGUUGUGCGGCAGUAAUGUCUGCGUGAACAAACUCAACAACAACAACUUCUCUAAUGACAGGUUUACUCGCGUCGUAAUGGCAACAAAGGCACAGGUUUUAUACGAUUUUACAGCAGAGCCGGGCAACAACGAGCUGUCGGUGAGAGAGGGCGAGACCAUCACAAUCACCAACCAGAACAUAGGUGGAGGAUGGAUCGAAGCGCAGAACAGCAGGGGCGAGGUCGGCUUGGUGCCUGAGGACUAUGUGGAGGUAAAGGUUGGCAAUCCUCAGGCUUUCGCAACAGGAGGAAGUGUGGCCCCGCUUGACCUCUCCUUCUUUGACAGUCAUGCCACCACAACAACAAGUAACACACAAGGCCAGACGAGUAAUGGCAGCGACCAGUGGGCUGUGUUUGACACUAACGCCUCCGGGGGUUUUUCCAAUAACUGGGCCGCACAGCCUGAAGGCACAGAGACGGGGCAGAGCGCCAGCAGCGCGUGGGGAUCUGGUGGACACGGACACCCUCACGCCUACCCAGGUCCAGGUAACCACUCGAACCAGACGAUUAGUGCCGAGGAUGAUGAGUGGGACGACGAGUGGGACGACAGGAAGUCCUCGGGCGGCUUUGGUGAAGGCGAAACGAGCGACGGCGGCGCCAUGAGCAGAGGAGGAGCUCAUGCAUCCUCCAUGAAAAUCACCCUCAACAAAUUCCCGGGAUUCUCCAAAUCGGGCCCUGAGCUGUACCUCCUGUCCAAACUGGGCUCCAAAGGGCCCAAGCUCUCGAUCUAUAGUGGUGAGGUCGGCCCGGUGUGGGAGUACACUGAGCCUCAGCUGGACUGCGUUGUAGCAGACCCCAAAAAGGGCUCCAAAAUGUACGGCCUCAAGAGCUACAUCGAGUACCAGGUCACCCCUAAUACCACAAACAAACCGGUCAAUCAUCGAUACAAGCACUUUGACUGGCUGUAUGAGAGACUUUUGGACAAGUUUGGGUCUGCCAUCCCCAUUCCAUGCCUGCCUGACAAGCAGGUCACAGGACGUUUUGAGGAGGAGUUCAUUAAGAUGCGUAUGGAGAGGCUUCAGGCCUGGAUGUCCAGAAUGUGCCGGCAUCCCGUCAUCUCCAACAGCGAGGUCUUCCAGCUCUUCCUCACCUACAAGGAUGAAAAGGACUGGAAAAUGGGGAAGAGAAAAGCAGAGAAGGAUGAGACAGUCGGGGUGGUGAUCUUCUCCACGAUGGAGCCCGAGGGACUGCCAGACCUGGAGCUCCCCGAAGUCGAGCAUAAGUGUGAGCAGUUCAGCCGUUUCACCAAGGCGAUGGAUGAUGGAGUGAAGGACUUGCUGACUGUUGGAAAUGAGCACUGGAAACGCUGCACAGGCCCUCUGCCGAAAGAGUACCAGCGGAUCGGUAAAGCCUUCCAGAACCUCUCGUCCGUCUUCACCAGCAGUGGGUAUGAAGGAGAAACUACGCUCACUGACGCUCUCACAGCAGCAGGGAAGACCUACGAGGAGAUCGCUCAGAUGGUGGCCGAGCAGCCAAAAAAAGAUCUUCACUUCCUCAUGGAGACCAACAACGAGUACAAAGGGCUUCUGGGAUGCUUUCCUGACACCAUCGGCGUUCACAAGGCCGCCAUAGAGAAAGUAAAAGAAGCAGACAAACUGGUGGCUACCAGUAAAAUCACCCCUGGGGAGAAAGUCACAAUGGGCAAGCGAGUCAGCACCAUGUCUUAUGCAUUACAAGCGGAGAUGAACCAUUUCCAUAGCAACCGCAUCUACGACUACAACAGAGUGAUGCAGCUAUACCUGGAGCAGCAAGUGAAAUUUUACGAGACGAUUGCGGAGAAGUUGAGAAACGCUCACAGUCAGUUCACUACGUUAUAAAGAAGAGGACUGCGCUGAAUUUCUCACACAGAGCUCUCUCUCCAUUUCUCUUUUCUCUGUUCCUCUUAAACAUCUUUUUGUCUAUGACCUCAGUGCCAUGAAAAGAUUUUCUUGAUCUCAGACCAAAGGAGGUUUGGUAAAAUAUCACAUCCUCUCUUUCAACACGAAACAUCUGCCUGUACCGUUCUAGUUCUAAGCCAAGGUCUUCAUCCCUAAAGUAACAAGGAUGUUAGAGGUGCCACAACCACCACGUACUCUUAGUACUGAUUAACACCAUCACAUUGGUGUGUUUCGUUGACACUAAUUCCGUCCAGUGUUUUCUCUUCAGUCUAGUGAGAUUAUUAUUAUGGAAUGAUAUUUGUGCCGCAAGGAGGAACAGGUUUUUUUUUUUUUUAAUAUGCUUUGAAAUUGUGCAAGUUUUAGAUAUAUAAAUAAAUAAUUAUGAAAGUUGAAUUUGCAUGUUAUGCAAAACUGAUCUUGUUUAACUCUAAACUGCAGAUCCUGGUGCCACAGAUGGUUUUAUAUUUACUUCAUGAAACUCAUUUCAGCCAAUCAGCAGCCAGGAAAGGAUUUCCUCGUGCUGCCAAAAAGUAUGAACCAAAGUGAAAUUUCGGUAACGCUUUAUUAUUUGUUUGUGUGUUUAUUUAUACGUUGGGCAUUCGUUUGUAAGUCCUAUAGGUAUAAGUCCUCGACAGUAACCUAAAGCAGUGUAGGAGGAAUUGGGAAAGGCUUCGAAAACCGUUCGUGACAUGACCUCAGUUUUCUUGUAAUUUAAAAAAAAAAAAAAAAAGACAGACAGACAUCCGUAUCAUUUAUAAGGAGACGGUUUGAGUGUGUUCUAGUGUUGGAGGGGUUCGCCUGACAUUCUCAUCUAUAAUGUAUUCCAGUCCUUGUGCUGUGUUUCCUUGGAAGUGGGAAUUGUAUCAUUUCAAGUUACAAAGCGUGGUGGGGAGAAGGAGGGGGGGACAAACCAAAAAUGGACGUCUCAUGUUCAUCUGUCGUUAGUAGCAAUCAGCUAACUGUGAUGAGUGAAUAAAUAUAGUAUGUUUUUAAUAAUAAAAGUUAGCGAUAUUAUAAACUGACAUCAGAGCAUAAAACAAUGUUUAAGUAAUUUUUAAAAUCACUUAAACACUUUUGUUUUUUGCUCUGAUGUCGAAACAUCAGUUUACAAAAUCGCUAGCUUUUUAUUAUUAAACGUAUAGCAAAAAUUGUUUAAAGAUGCAGAAGCGGCCGUGUUGACUUGACUUGCUGAACGCGGGGUUGGGAACACCGUCCCAGGCUCCCGAGAGGUGAUGGGACGUUUUCUUUAGGGUUCCCCCUCCCCAAUUGGAGGUGGGAGAUUGUUACCCUAGUUAGAAAUACUCACAAAGGAAGAUUUUCACUUUUAUAGUCACGUAUUUAAAAAAAAACAAAAAAACGCAAUCAACAUCAGCUGAGUGAGUGAAGUUGUUCUGAAAUGAUAUGGUUGUAAAAUGCCAUUUCAUCUGAGCAUCAAUUAUGGAUACAAGAUAUAUUUAAAUAGAAGGAGCUUCUGGAAUGUGCUGCUUUCAGUGAGUAAUAAAGCCACUCCAUGUUGCUCUGUUCUAGAAAAAUCAUCAUCGACAGCGUGGCGUUAUCCUGUAGUUACAGCACAGCCUGAAGGGUUUUAUUCCUUGAACACCAUUACAACCUUUUUUUUUUUUUUUAAUUCAACCACAUGUUAGUUUAUCUACAGUUGCAUUUAACGUCCGUGAAACGAGUUGCUCGUGCUGUCACGACGAUACCCAGUCAUCACUUUGCUUUCCUUUAUGUUAAUUAGAUUAAAAAGUUGCAGCUUCUUACCAAGAAAUUCCUGCGUCAAACUUGAGCUUUACCUCCGACACUGGAGACUCCUUCUUCUGUAAAUGUUGACGUUGUAGAAGUCGACAGUGAUCGUAAAGAUUUUUACAUAUACAAUGCCUGAGUGUUUAAUGAAGGCCCAAUGUAGGAAAUGUUUGUUUUAAAACCCAACCCUUUUUUUUUUUUUGUACAAUUUCAAAAUAAAUAUUCCAGUGGCACAAAUGUCAUUUCCUAUAGCACUGUGAUUCAGUAUGAAAGGAAAGAAUGGUCUCGAAGCGAACGAGUGUCUUACACUUUUUUUUUUCCCCCCUACAGUGUCUGUUUUCGAGUUGCGGAGGUUUAGCCUCAUCACUGUGCCUUUUUGCUGAGGAACUUCAGCAUGCAUCAUACGCUAUGCACUUUCCCUUCACAGUGCCACGAUACAACAAGUAAUGUGUAUAACCUGUUUAUAAUCUCUCACACACACCUGGUCUCGUUUUUGAGCAUCUAAAGGAGGGCUGGUCCUUUUUUUUUGCACAUGUAUUUUUAUCCACCAUCAUACAUACAAUGCUUUUUUUUUUUUUCCCCUCCAAAGAAAGCUACAUUUCCAUCUCACAUUGUGCAAUCUUUUUUCUUUAGCACUUCUUUUCCUCCUCAUCUACGUUAACAGAUGCAUGUGCUUCAGGUCAUGAUGUAUCGUUUUAUGUAUAGCAAUGUUAUUUGCACCAUGAAUUAUAUUAAAAAAAGUCACGAAAGUAAUUCUGGAUGAUUUAAUAAACUUUGAUUUGUAUUCUCUUAA